AUGUCCGUCCAAUUUGAUUUGAUCAUUAAGGAUCGUCGAGUCACCUUCUCUGUUAUCCUCGUUCUCAUAUGCAUUUGUCCCUUCACCUUUUUAUAUUUCAAAUCACUCAAACCCCCCACAAACCACGAAAAGUGCAACACUUUAGCCGCGUCGGACCGUGAACGUUUCAAAGCAUCUCGAUAUGUCAAAUCAACUGCGGAAUGGACAUCCACCAAAGAGCUUGAAUUCUACAAAGAACUUUAUUUCAAGCUCCAGAAUUUGGAAGAGCAUUGCGACACAUUACCAACGGCAAGACGUGCCUUUCAAAUUUUGCUUUCACAGGCCUUGGAGGAUUCCGUCAAAGCAUCUGGGGUCAACUUACUGUCAAUCAAACACUUCGACAAGAAGAAACUUGCCCGCUUUCUCCAGAGUGAGCAAGAUGAUGUCACAAGUCAAUAUCAUGGUUAUAUCACUCGCCGACGAGCGGGCGGUGCACGUGAGAUUUUAAAAGAUCGACAGGCAGCCGGAGAUUGGCUGAGGGAAAUUGCACCGGUGAAAUUGGUUGACGGCGCCUGGCUGGGACAUUUAAACACAAUCAAGAUGCCCUUCUCUUUGAGGCAAAUCGUGAAACAGACAUGGCAAGUGUUUACGGAGGAAUUGGGGAAUGGAAACAGUGACCAACAUCAUGUCAAGAUCUUCGAGGACCUUUUGGAAACAUUUGAACCUGAUUUGCCCGCGCCAACGACAAAGGCUAUUCUGCAUCCUCGAUACAGGCUAGGUAGCCUAAAGUAUUGGAGAGCAGCCGUGGCGCAACUGCUGGUGUCUCUUUUCCCGCAAGACUUUUUGCCUGAGAUCCUCGGAUUCAAUAUGCAUUUUGAAGCCCUGCAGUUAGAUACUUUACAGGCGGCGAAGGAGUUGCCGGAAGUUGGUCUCAACCCGUCUUAUUUUCUUCUCCAUAUUUCUAUCGACAAUAGUCAUUCGGGACACGCUGCUAUGGCCAUGGAGGUCGUUUCCGACUACAUUGAACAUGUUGCCAAGACUGAGGGUGAAGCGGCUGCUGAAGUUGCGUGGAAAAGAGUCCAGGCAGGAUAUGUUUUCAGCGAGUGGCAGUUUCAAAAAGGCAAUCAAGUUACCAACAUUCUUGACCAUCUCAAUGAUGACUCCCAUGAUCGAUUGGAGUCGAAGGUUCUUGCAAUCUUUGGCUCAAAAAUCCAGGCUGCCCAUAGACUGCAUUGUGGCAGCCGGGUGAAGAUUGGAAAGCGCUCGCUGGCUGACUGGCUUGAUCCUGAAGCCUUCUCGUCGGAGGAAUGGCAGAGGGACUUUAUUCGAUGUUUGAGUGUAUGCGAACCAUGGAUUUAUCAAGGUGACAGCCAGAGAAGUAAGUUGGUACGGGAGAUUCAAUGGGGAGGAAGGAUGUAUGGCUCUUUCACAAAGAGCGAACUCGAAGCACUCGAGCUUUGGAUCAACUCCCUGGGUUCCGACCGAACCCCUUUUUAUUGCUCCUUCAUUCAACCCACCGCAUCCCCAGUGAGCCAACAACCCAACCGAUCAGACACCGAUUCCCCAGAUCAUUUUGAAAUUAUUUCUGGCAGUGAGAAUCUGCAAACGGCAGAUCUGCCUCUCAACGGCACACCAACGAAGUCCUCGGGAGACUUGACAACAAGUCUCAAUUUGCCUAUCUUAUUACCGCUCUGGUUUACGCAGUGCUGCCUGUUUGAAUCAUUUUUGUAUGCCCCGGGGAGAACGAGUGACAAGAUUGGCUGUGCUGUGAUACGAUUCUUGCGAGCUCAAUCCGGCUUUGAAACGGAGGAUUUGCUCGUCACAGGAACAGAUGAGCCCAGCAUAACAGAGAAUGGAGGAAUCGUUGAAUUUGGCUUGGAGAUAAUUCUUCGAGCGUCGCUGCCCAUACCCCAAGACCUUCAAGGUCUUCUCUCCCUUUGGCCCUCCGAGUUCGCCGCAAAGAUGCUCGCAUUAUCAUCCAGUCCCAAUCGAAACUUUGGUACUCUGUUGGGUAUAUCAAUGGCCUUUCUCGAAUUGCAGGAGUUGGUAUCGGAAUAUUCAAUCUCUGGGUUACUUUGCCCCAAGAGCAGUGAGCGCCUUGCCUCGCUGGUUCGGAGGCAGUACCAUUGCUUGCAAGUCUGUCUUCAGGAGAUCCCCGCCGGAGAUUCACGUCGUGUAGACUUCCACCAUGGGUAUAAAUUGGCGAAAAAGGAAGUCGAAAGAUGCUCCAAUCUGAAGGUGUGA